GCGGGGCGGCUGCGGGGCGCUCGGAGCUGUCCCGUCGGAACUCCGCGCCUUUGCUCCCGGCCCCCGGGCGUUCGCCGUGGUGGCUGAGCUCUCUCCUCUCCCGGCGUGGCUCGCUUUUUCCUGGGGAACCUCUACUGCGGCCGCGGAGCGAGCUCGGUGGGGGAAGACCGGCCUGUUGCCGUCGGGAGGAGGGACCGCGGCGAGCGGCCCCGCGUGUGCCCCCGGCGCGGGGCGGGGGGGCGAUGAGCCGCGCAUUGUUCGCCCUGUAGGCAGCGCCCGGCUGGCAGCGGGCCGGCGGGCCAUGGGCUCCGCGCCUUUGUCUCCCGAGUGAGCCAGCCCCGCGCCCGCAGCCUCCCGCCGCCGCCCGAGCCCCGGCGAUAUGGACGUGACCGUCUCGGAGCUCCUGGAGCUCUUCCUGCAGAGCCCCUUAGUGACAUGGGUGAAAACCUUCGGGGACCUGGGGAGCGGGGACCAGGACAACCUCGGCGUCUACAUGGACCUGGUGGAUGGCGUCGUCCUGAACAAAAUCAUGUUGCAAAUAGAUCCUCGACCGACCAACCAACGUGUCAACAAGCAUGUAAAUAAUGAUACCUAUCUUCGGGUUCAAAACCUGACCAUCUUGAUCAGAAACAUUAAGACUUACUAUCAGGAGGUCCUUCAGCAGCUGAUUGUAAUGAAUUUACCAAAUGUUUUAAUGAUUGGCAAAGAUCCUCUUUCUGGUAAAAGUAUGGAUGAAAUCAAGAAGCUGCUGUUGUUGGUUCUGGGAUGUGCUGUACAGUGUGAAAGAAAAGAAGAAUUUAUUGACAGAAUAAAACAACUGGAUAUUGAAACCCAAGCUGCCAUUGUGUCACACAUUCAAGAGGUGACUCACAAUCAGGAGAAUGUCUUUGACUUGCAGUGGCUGGAGCUCCCAGAUAUGGCCCCAGAAGAACUAGAGUCUCUCUCCAGGAAUAUGGUUUUCCACCUCAGGAGGCUCAUUGAUGAGAGAGAUGAAUGCACAGAAGUCAUUGUAGAUCUCACUCAAGAGAGAGAUUAUCUGCAGUCUCAGCAACCACCAAGCCCUCUGAAAGUACCAAGUCCAGAUUCUUCACCAAACCCUGCAAACCCUCUUUCUAAUGAAGAAAAGCAGCACCUUGCAGUUGAGCUGGCAGACACAAAGGCUAAAUUGAGAAGAAUCCGUCAGGAGCUGGAAGAGAAGUCUGAGCAGCUUGCAGAUUCUAAACAUGAAGUUGAGCAGCUCACCCUAGAGCUGCAAAAAAUAAAGCAAGAGAACAUGCACCUUGCCUCAGAUGCUCGCUCUGCACGAGCCUACAGAGACGAGCUCGAUUCUCUGAGAGAGAGGGCAAACCGCGUGGAGAGGCUCGAGAUGGAGCUGGUUCGCUGCAAAGAGAAACUUCACGAUGUGGAGUUCUACAAAGCUCGCAUGGAGGAAUUAAGAGAAGACAACAUUGUAUUAAUUGAAACAAAGGCCAUGCUAGAAGAACAGCUAACCAUGGCAAGAGCUCGUGGUGAUAAGUUGCAUGAAUUAGAGAAGGAAAAUUUGCAGUUGAAAUCCAAACUUCAUGAUGUAGAGCUGGACCGGGACACAGACAAGAAGAGAAUUGAAGAGCUGCUGGAGGAGAACAUGGUCUUGGAGAUUGCACAGAAACAGAGCAUGAACGAGUCUGCACACUUAGGCUGGGAACUAGAACAGCUGUCUAAAAGCACUGAUCUUGCAGAUACCAGAAAGUCCUUUGUGUUUGAGUUGAAUGAAUGUGCUUCGAGUCGAAUUCUGAAGCUAGAGAAGGAUAAUCAGAGCUUGCAGAACACAAUCCAAGAGCUGAGAGAUGCCUCCUUGACCUCCAGAGAGAGCAGCCUAAAGUUUGUGGAACUGGAAAAGGAAAAUCAGCAACUUAGCAAAAAGAUUGAGAAGUUGCAAAAUCAAAUUGAAAAAGAGAAGCAAAGCAAUCAAGAUUUGGAAACCUUGAGUGAGGAGCUGAUAAAAGAUAAAGAGCAGCUACAAGUUGUCAUGGAGACUCUAAAAGCCGACAAAGACAGACAGAUAAAGGACCUUAAACAAGAAAAUGAUCACCUUAAUCAAGUUGUCUUAUCUCUGAGACAAAGAUCACAAGUGAGCAGCGAGGCAAGAGUGAAAGAUAUUGAAAAAGAGAACAAAAUCCUUCAUGAAACAGUAACUGAGACGAGUAGCAAACUGAGCAAGCUGGAAUUUGAGAAGAAACAAUUGCAAAAGGAUUUUGACCAGGUUAGAGAAAAAGUGGAAAGAGUGGAAGAAAUGGAAAAAGAGCUCCACCGGCUGGAGAGGGAGAAUGAACAGCUCACAAAAAAGGCAGCAGUGAUGAAAAUAGUGACAGAAAAAGUGGAAGUUCUUGAGCAAGAGAAUGGCGAUCUGGAAGUGGAAAAUAGGAAACUAAGAAAAUCCUUGGACACAUUACAAAAUAUUUCCAUCCGGCUUGGUGACCUGGAAAGGGACAACAAGCAAUUGGAUGAAGAAAAUCUGGAGCUUAGAAGAGUGGUCGAGACCAUGAGAUUUACCAGUACAAAAAUGGCACAAAUAGAAGCAGAAAAUAAAGAUUUGGAGAGGGAGAAAGAGGACUUAAGAAAGAAUGUGGAAAUGUUAAAAGCAAUGAACAAGAAAUCAGAGAGGCUAGAGCUAAGCUAUCAGAGUAUCAGUUCUGAAAACCAGAGACUUCAGCAAAUUGUGGAGAACAGCAGUAAAAAAAUCCAGGCAUUAGAAAAAGAAGUUCAAGGAAUGGAGAGUGAAAAUCAGGUUCUCCAGAGGAACCUUGAAGAGCUAAAGGUUUCUGCCAAACGGCUAGAGAGCUUAGAAAAGGAAAACAAAGCCCUAGAACAAGGAAUGUCUCAGCUAGAAAAAGACAAAAAAAUGCUAGAGAAAGAAACGAAACGGCUUUGGCAGCAAGUGGAGCUGAAAGAUGCCAUUUUGGAUGACAGUACAGUAAAGCUAGCAGUUGCUGAGAAGGAAAACAAGACACUAGAAAAGGAAAUUGCUCGAUUCAGAGAGUCAUCUAGUAAACUGAAAGAGUUUGAAAAGGACAAUAAAGACCUCCUAAAGCAAGUUACAAUUGAUAAGAGAACACUAGCUACACUGAGAGAGGAUUUGGUCCUGGAGAAGCUGAAGAGUCAAAAGUUGUCUAGUGAGCUGGACAAACUGAGCCAGGAACUGGAGAAGAUGGGAUUGAACAAAGAGCUGCUGCUGGAGGAUGAUAAUGGCAAUGAUGACACAAAAUACAAGGUUCUGGAAAGCAAAACUGAAUCAGCACUAAAAUCAACUCUAGCUGUGAAAGAGGAAAAGAUUGCAAUGCUGGAGGCGCAAGUGAAAGACUUCCUGAACUUGAACCAGCAGUUACAGAAUGAUCUAAAUAUGGUAAAGAAGGACUUUGAUGCACUCAAGCAGACUCAGCAGGAUGGGCAGUAUGCUCAGAAGCCACUGAAGAAUUCAGCAGAGAAUCUCAUUGCCAACCAGCAAAUGAAUGAGAAAUUGGAAACAGGGCACCAAGAGGCCACCACAGAGCUGCUGAAACUGAAGGACAGGGCCAUUGAACUGGAAAGGAAUAAUGCAGCCCUGCAUACUGAGAAGCAGCUGCUUAAGGAGCAGCUAAAGCAUCUGGAAACACAGAAUGUCUCCUUCAACAAUCAGAUCCUGACACUACAGAAGCAAAAUGUCUUCCUUCAGGAGCAUAAUACUGCCCUGCAGACACAGACAGCCAAACUCCAGGUAGAAAAUUCAACUCUCAGCUCCCAGAGUGCUUCACUGACGGCCCAGAAUGCUUUACUGCAAAAUCAGCAGACAGCCAAGGAGAGUGAGAACGAAAAUCUGCUGAAACAGAAGGAGCAGCUGAAAGCUGAGUAUGAGUCAUUGCUUCAGGACCAUGAACACCUUACUUCACUGCAUGAACGGCAGUCUGCAGAGUAUGAAAGGCUAAUAAAUCAGCACAGCUGCCUGAAAACAUUACACAAAACCCUAGAUCUGGAGCACAAAGGUCUGCGUGAGAGAUACAACAGUUUAACGAAACACAAAGCAGAAUUAGAAGAGUUGGAAUUAGUUUUAAAAACUGAGAGAGAGGUUUUGCAACAAGAGAGAAGAUCAAAUGCAAUAACCACUGGGGAAAAUCAGAAGCUGAGGGAGGAACUGGACAGGGUGAAUUUCUUGCACAACCAACUAAAGGCAGAGUAUGAAGGGCUCCAUUCACACACUAAAGAGCUGAAAACUUCCUUGAACAACUCUCAGCUGGAGCUGAAUCGUUGGCAAGCUCGCUAUGAUGAGCUGAAAGAACAGCACCAAUCCAUGGAUAUCUCUCUGACCAAGCUGGAUAACCACUGUGAGCUCCUGUCCCGACUAAAGGGAAAUCUGGAAGAAGAAAAUCAUCAUCUCCUGAGUCAGAUUCAGAUGCUGAGCCAGCAGAAUCAGAUGUUGUUGGAGCAGAACAUGGAGAGCAAGGAGCAGUACCAUGAAGAACAGAAACAGUACAUUGAUAAAUUGAAUGCCUUAAGGAGACAUAAGGAAAAACUUGAAGAGAAGAUAAUGGAUCAGUACAAGUUCUAUGAUCCUGCUCCAAAAAAGAAAAACCCCUGGAUUGGAGCCAGAGCCUUAGUCAAAUUAAUCAAGCCAAAGAAGGAGACUCCAAGGGAGCGGUUGAAACCAGCAGCAGAAAGCUCCACAUGGCAUUCUGAAUCCCCAGAGAUGGUAAACUCUCCAUCUGCUUCCCAAAAACACCAACACGAGGCUCAGGAUAAUACUUCUCAAGGGUCAAACCCUGUGGAAGAGAGAGAGAACCCUGGGUGUUCUUCAAACAAAGUGCUAAUCGACCUAAAGCAAAAAAGGAAUUCCCAUCACGGAGGCAGCAAUGAUAAUGCUGAAAUCUCAGCAGACUGUGCAACAAAACCCAGCUGUGUGGAAAUGGGUCCCAGGACUUACUCAACCUCAGCUAUUCACGUGCACACUUCCACCCCCAUCUCCCGGCUCCAGAGCAGGCCAAAAGGCUAUAAUUCAGAAGAUAAUCUCUGUGAACAGUCCCCGGAGGUGGAGUUUGCAAGCACCAGACGGCAUGUGUCCAGGCCAAACAGUUUAGAGAGCAGUAGGAACGCUUCCAGCAGUAGUUCACCUCUCAAUUUGAAAGGUUCCUUAGACCAUAUCCAUGGUAGAACUGAGAGCCUCAGCAGUGAAGAUAUGGUACCAAGCCGAGAGGCACCAGUCUUGCUCCGAGAUACGUAUUCCCUUCACUCUGCUGCUGCUUUCUUAAGCCCUGGCAGCAGGCAUGAGUCCUCCUCCCACAGGAAUGGUUUGAUGUCCACUGAUACACCUCAGAGGAGCAAUCCAUCCCAGUCUCACACAGGCAGGCAGCGAUCUGCUUCACCUGGCAGUGAGAUGGUAACUUUGGAAGAGUUCUUGGAAGAGAGCAACAGGCUGUCUCUACCAAGUCAUCGGCGCAGUUUAAAUGAGAGUGAAAUGAUUUCAUUACACCAAUUUCUGUUAGAAGCUGAUGCACUGUAUCCCUCUUGCUACUCCCCAUGUCCUUCCAUUCAUCAGGAACAUUCGCAGUCACUUGAAUUGGUCCUCAGUGUUUCAUAUCCCGACAGCAUGAGGCACAGAACAGGCAGGGGAAAUAGGAGAUCUGCUUCAUUCUAUAUCCCCAGGGACACCUCCACUAACAGAGAUGACUUGCUCGGCGAUUAUUUUAGGAAAGCAAAUGAGCCUUCAGCUACUGGAAACUUGCUGGUUCAGCCAUCCAGAAAGGAGGCUGCUAAGAUGCCCACUAGUCUUGUUGCUCCAACUGUGAAGAUGGCCAUGGCUGGUGAAGAAGGAAGAAUGGCUAAGCCUGACAAUUACAUGAAGCCAAACCUCAGACAAGUUGAACCUGAUGCUCUGGCAAACCCCCAAGGGUCCCUUAAGCUUCCUCACCCAGCACAGCACCAGUCUGCCAGUGGGGCGCGGCAGAUGGCCCAGCCUCAGCAGCCUGGAGCCGUGAGCAGGAGGAGUACCUCAUUGAGCAGGGCAUUCAGCUUGGCCUCUGCAGACCUCCUCAGGGCUGCUGGCCCAGAGGCCUACAGGCAGGAGAGCCCUCAGAAGUCAGGAGCAGAGCUGCGUGGGGGCAAGGACAGGGCUUCUGUGCUAGCGAGCUCCCAGGCACCCUUAAGAGAGAGGCCGCAGUCUGCAAAGGUGGCAGGUUCUGUGCAAGGUGUCGAUUCCCGCUGUCGGCAGCUCGAUACAAGGCGCCUUUCCCUGGUCCCACCAAAAGAUGAGAGGCCACUCUCCUUCCAUCAGUUCUCUGCCUCACCCACUGCAUCCACCAGCAAUCUGAAUGUCCAGCAGCAAGAGCGUGUGAACCCCGGGCAACACUACUCAUCUGCAUCCCAUACUCCCUCAAAAGUCAAACCCAAGUCAGCACCUCGUACUGAGGAGGUGGUCACAGUGGCCCCUGCCAGAGCUGUUUGCAGCAGCACUGAGGCAAAUGCUUCCCCAGGACAAGGCCAGGGUGAUGCCAUACUUAUCAAGUGCCAGGGUAAGCCGUUGGAAAGCGGCUCUGGGGCUGUAGAGGAGCCUGUGAGAGGAAACAGCUCCAACAGCACUCCUGGGUCUCCUGACCCCCAGGGGGAUCAGCAGACGGUUUGGUAUGAGUAUGGCUGUGUGUAAGCCACAGGUGCAGCUGUAAUAUGGGUGUUUGGUAUGGCUAAUGUCCAGGUACCAUUUAUCUAGACACUGUCAGGUCUUAAAAGGCAUCACCUGUAGGUUGCUCUGAGUAUUCUCUGGGUACUGUUUCCUAGUUGGACAAAGUGUGAUUAAGAGAAUCAAGGAGCAAAACCCUAGUUCUUCUGACACUGUUGUGCCUAAAACAAAGUGGAAGCCUGACCUAAUCUCACAGCAAACUUGGCACCUGAUUCUCACAGGUUCUGAGCAUUCCCUAGUCCAGCAGAAGAGUAGCAGGGUCCUUGGUCAUUGCUGCACUGUGCACCCUUUCUGCAUGCAUUAAAGAAAAGUUUCACAGGUCCUGUGUGUGCUAAACUCAGCCCCACCAUUGGUAAAAAACCAUACUGAAAAGGUCAUAUGAAAGCCAGACUUCUCCCCCAAAGACAGAAGCAAAUGCUUGACUUCAGAAUGGAGAUGAAGAGCAAAAGUUUGUGGCUUUAGCUAUGGAUCUGGUAAAAUCUAUUUUUCUAGCCACAGACACAUCUUAUAGAAGGUAUUGUAUAGACUUCAAGGGUCAUAUCUCAACCUUUCCCACUUGGGCUGUGUAAACACAGAAGCCAGCAUAAUUACCCCACUGCCUUCACUAUAGCUGCAGCUCAGUGGAUCCUUGACUCUGCAGAGUGGUGCUGCCUUUUGAAACUUGUUUUAUCUUUUAUACAAACACUGGAACUAAUGCAGCCUUUCAGGGGAGAUGCCAUUUAAAUUGCUAAGGUGGCAUCUCAUGUACAAAAGUGUCUUGUAAGUAUGUAUAUAAGAAGCUCAAGUACUGUAUAAGAAUGCUGUGUAAAUUGUAUUAUUACAUUCUUGUGUGCAUGACAGCCCACAUCCUAUGUGGGCUUUUGUCUUUUAGAAAUCCUUGUUUGUCUCCAAGAACUUUUCUCAGUAUAGAAAACAAAAUAAUUUUGUACACAUGUGAAAAAAAUAUACUUUAAAAAAAUCUAUUUAUGUGCAAAGAAGUUCCUUGUAUGUUUCUGUCCAGAGUGUCAUCAGCUGCUUAUGUAUAUAUGAUCAAAUGUGUAUCUUUAAUUACAUGUUUGUAAAGCUGUUAUUCUUGCAAUAGACUAAAUCCUUUAAAAAAAUACCUGUUUUGCUUGUUCUGAUUUAAUUUAGUAAAAGAUAAAACUGAUUCAUUUGAUGUUUUUGUUAUCUAAUAUGUAGCAAUCCCCAUUCUGAAAACUACAAAAUUGUUUGUAAUAAAGAUUAAAAGAAAAUAAGAUUGAUGUUCUACUUUUUGUCCUUGGAAAAAUAGAAACCCCAAAAAUGUGAUUGACAGUGCUGGAGAUCUGUCUGCAACAGCUCCUUAGUAUUCAUUUUCAUGUCUACACGGUAAAGUUGUAUUUGUUUUUAUAACGUAGAAGGUGUACCAGGAGAUUUUUGUUUAAUUGUAGCCUUCUUACUGAAGACUACAGGAGGGUUGAACAUGCAAAAAUAAGUGACUUACAGUUCACUCUAUAAUUGGACUGUUAGAUAUUUAUGCUUCUCAGAGCACUUCGGACAAGGGUAAACAUGCUGUCAAUUUUGACCAAGCUUGCAUCUUGUAUAGUCUAUUUUGAACUUAGCUCUCAGGAUGCCUUAUGAAAGUGAGAAAUUAUUCAUUUUGCAACAUGGAGAGAAUGGCAAAAAAAACCUUUCUGCCUUCUCUGCUAUUUUAGUUGCAAACUAUAGUUUUGCAACUAAUUUAAAAUUAUAUGUGCUAUAUGGCAAUUUUAGAACAUAGUGAAUGUUCUUAGUAAACUGAAAUUCUUCUUCCAGAAAUUUUAUCUCAAAAUGGAUUCUUAACCAGACCACUAAAGGUUCGAGACUGGUGUUUCUCCCUUGUUUCUGCCCCCUUUUGGAGGACACGUGCAGGCUGGGCUGCUGAGGAAGUGAUCUGUGCCUUGUUAGUUACUGUAGAUCUGCUUUUGCUAUAAAUACCUGCCCAGUGGCACAACUUAGUUGACAGUUUCUGAGUUAUUUACAAUUAUUUAUCUUCUCAGUUCUAGUGAGCUUGAAUUAAAAAGUACUAAAUACAUUCGCAGUACCAUUCAGAUGUGGGAUACUUCUAAAUACAGACAUUAUACCAUGGAACAGCUAUUGAAGCACACAGUGCUGUCUGUGACCCUCGGGCCUCUCUGGCACUGUUAGGGGAGGUUUUGGUAUAGGUGCCUGCCCUGCCAGGGCAGGUGCGGUUAUUUUGCGAUCUGCUGGGUUCAUCAAUGGCCAGCUGUUCCUGGCAGCCGCGGCGCCUCCCGGGCCCUGCUCCCCCGUGCGCUGCCGCGCCAGGUACGGAGCGGGCUGGGCGGGAAGGGCCUGCCCUCAGCUCCGCGGCUGCUGAGCCUCGUCCUCCUGAGGCCCAGAGCCAGCGGUAGCAUAAAACUCAUUUUGGUGCCUGAGGGGGAGAAAGCAAUUGUGUUUAGAGAGACAGAGAUCGGCAAAUCCUCCCGGAGUUGUGCCGGUGGAGGUGCAGUGAGGCACCAGCUUGCGUGAGGUGGGGAGAGGUGUUCCUGGGAGGGUAGAGGAUGGCGCGGAGCUGCCCGAGCCUUGCCGGAUGCCUUCCAAGAAAUGAAGAUGAAAUUGUAGCAGUUCCACUCUGCAGCUUGUGCGGCCGGGCCCGGCUGCGGGAGGGGCACAGCGAGCUGGCUGAGGCCACGGCUGCCCUCUCGGACACCGGGGAAAGGGAUCUCCAGGCGCCACAGGCUCCGGCGCACUGGCUUUUCCCGGCUCUGCACGGGCUGUAGGAUGCUGAUAUUUCCUGACAGGAGGGAAGGGUGUGCUCGCUGAAGGCUGCUAAUUAUGUGCUAAGUGGUGCUGCGAAUGGCUCUGGAUUCAACGCUUCAAGCGGUUCAGUGGCUCGUUAAUUCUCGAGACGGAGUUUUCUGUUAAAGGAGGGGUUCUUGAGGGGGAUCCAUCCCGAGGAGGCCGCUGUGUUGCCAGCAGUUUUCCGAGAAGGCCGAAGGGCUGUGACUUUGGCAGCAGCCGCUCCCUGCAGUGUGCUCAGCCUCUGAAGUCAGGGAAGCUGUUUGACUCAAGGAAACAAAAGAUGGUGUGUGUUUGAAGUGAAAUAAAUGGCUGCUGUGGGAA